UAUGAUUGUGUGUUUGUGAACACAAAUGCAGCUGUUGAAGGGAUGGGGGGGAUGGACAUAGGCCGUGUCAUGUGCUUUUUCUCUUUCACGUUUGAGGCGGUUUCAUAUCCAUGUGCUGUAGUGCACUGGUUCGAGAAAGCCAGCAAUGGACCUGACGAGGACACUGGCAUGUGGAUUGUAAAACCUUCAUAUGAUACUGACCAUUCUCCACUAAUUGGAAUUAUCCAUAUUGAUUCCAUUUACUGGGCUGCACACCUCAUUCCGAUCUAUGGAACGCAUCCCAUCCCAGAGAACCUCAAACACUAUGACUCAUAUGAUGCCUUCUGCACAUUCUAUGUAAACAGGUUUGCAGAUCACCACACAUUUGAGAUCACAUCUUAG